AAUAGCUAGAUCUUCUUUUAUCUUCUAUCACUUAGUAUUUGGUUCUAAAAAAGUUACUGAAUUGUUCUGACAUUUUUACCUCCCCUCCCCUCCCCUUACCUUCUGUCGUUUUUGUCUAGUACUUGAAACCGCGAAGAUUUGAAAAUGGAGUUCAACCGUUCUCUUCUGUGACGAGAAUGAUGCCGAUGGAUUGAAAGAUAGGGGAUCUAUAAAAGUAACUUAAUAACUCAUUUACAGAGAAAAAUAAGGAUAACAGUACAAGCAAUGAUGGAUGUGUCCAUUGAAGUCAUUGACUCCCCAGACAUCAAGGAUGAUGGUGAUGAUGGUGAUGAAAGUAUCAUUAUAGUAUCCCCUUGCAAGCCAGAAGGUAAUGCUGUUAGCACUGCAUCACCACUCAAGGGAGAUCUUGCCGUAACAUUUAACCAGCCAGCUCUAAACCUACCACAUGCUAGAGAAGACUGUCGCAUACACAAGUUCAAACCACCCUUCUCAAACAACUACAGGCUAAGCAGGCCAAUAGAAGGCAAUGAUUUGUACUGUGAAAAGUGCUACUGCUUUGUGUGUGAAAAGCUUGCCUCAAAGUGCCCUCAGUGGACUGGCAAAUGUGAGGCCUGCCACUGUAAUGCAUUUGGGAAAUCGCCAUUUUGGAAGCAUUUGAGGGAUGUGUUGAAAGGAAAAGAAAACCAGUAUCCUAGCUCGCAACAUCAACAAACCCAAUCGCAACCCAGACAUGGGAACCAAGGGAAUAAUACAUGGCGUCCACAAAAUCAACAACAUCUCCGUCAGAUGCAGGCUCUGCAGCAAAACCUUCAGAGAAACCGCCAUCUCAAUCCUUAUAACAAUUGGAAUCAGGGCCAAAUAUAUCGAUUUCUCCAGCAUCAACCACAGAAUGAAAGAUGGCUGUAUGCACACACUAGCACAGCCAUGGCAAGGAAUGUACCUGUUUGUGAGCAGAGAAAUGUUGAUUGCAGAGGAGGUGGUGGGAUUCCUUUACUGACUAAUCCACCCAGAGCCGAAGGAGUUGAACAAUCUUGUGACACAAUGCAAAGGUUGUCGGUGUCAGAGCAAAGAAGGGAUCCUGCUAGCGGAUUUAGCCAAGAUAAAACACAGAGUUUUCAUGAGACUUUGGAGCUUUUUUCUAAAUAUGUGGACAAAUGUGACAUGGAUGGGCUCCGUCGAUUGCUUAAAAACCCCUGCACAUGCGACACUGCCUUUUUACUAAAGACAGCGGACCUGGUAUGUACCUCUUUAUGGUCAAACGGAACAGGAAAGAUUUCACCAGAACAAAUAGGUGUUUGGAAGACGCACCGAAGCAAUGGGACAUUUGCAAAAGUCUUAGACGUCAUCUUUUCAACAGCCGAGGAGUAUCUGUCAGAGACGACACUCACAAAGGAAAGACGUGACAAGGCAAUAACUUGGUUGAAAGACAUUAAGUGUCUGCUAGUCAGGGAAGGAAUGGCCCAGAUGUGGAACAAAUUCUUGAUCAAUCUAAGGAGUGGGACGCUAAGAAGAAAAAGACCCUUUAUGGAGGAUCUCGACCUUUAUUUGCGGAUCGUCGAUCCAUGCCUUUAAUAUGAUGUGAAAGCACUUGGCUACACACGAGUAUUCCUGAAUGUACACCUACCUGCCUGUUCUACAAAACAUCUUCUAGGCGACUCGCAAGGUGCUGAAAUAUAGCUAUAACCAUCUAACAGUACUAGUGUAGCCUCACUCUGAUUGACACAAGAUGGACAAAAUGUUGGUGAAGUACAUCACAGCACGUGGUGUAUAAACAACAAAAUACCACUGGAAACGAAAGUUAAUAAUAGCUGUCGUCAUCGUUGUAUACAGAAAAAGAAAGUAUCGCUAGAACUUUCACGGGCCAUGGUCUACAGGAAUGUUAGUUGUGUAUAUUGUCGUUUACUGGCUCUGUGCAGUCUUCGACACAGUUUUCGUGAAGUAUUGUCUUCCUUAACUGAGAGAACACAUCACCAUACCUGUUCAGCUGUUCCCAAUUAAUCACGCCAGGGGCUUUUAAGUGGCCCUUGUAAUAAUGUAGCUAAUAGACAUUGCGAACCUGUAAAUCAAGUUGUCAAAAACGUAUACUGUGUCUGAUAAAUAUGGAAAAAAUAGCGCUGAGAGGCUGGGCAAUUUCCUUUGAAAUUAAAAGAAAAUACACUAA